AGGACUGCAAAGGCUCAUUGGUCCGGAGGAGGCCACAGCAGCCCGAGCCAUGGGGACCCUAGGCACCCGGGCCGCGUGCCGUGGGGCACACCUGGCCCUGGCUCUGUUGCUGCUGCUGUCGCUGUCAGGUCCCUGGCUGUCGGCUGUCGUUCCCGGGACUCCGCCUCUCUUCAACGUCAGUCUGGACGCGGUCCCGGAGCAGCUCUGGCUGCCGAUGCUGCGGCACUAUGAUCCAGACUUCUUGCGCGCCGCGGUGGCGCAGAUCAUUGGUGACAGGGUUCCCCAGUGGGUACUCGAGAUGAUUGGAGAAAUCGUGUCGAAGGUGGAGAGCUUCCUGCCUCAACCCUUCACGGACGAGAUCCGUGGCAUGUGCGACUUCCUCAACCUCAGCCUGGCUGACGGUGUCUUGGUCAACCUGGCUUAUGAGGCUUCCGCAUUCUGCACCAGUAUUGUGGCCCAAGACUCCCAAGGCCGUAUUUACCAUGGCCGGAACCUGGACUAUCCUUUUGGAAAUGCCUUACGAAAGCUGACAGUGGACGUGCAGUUUAUAAAGAAUGGGCAGAUUGCAUUCACGGGGACUACUUUUGUGGGCUAUGUAGGACUGUGGACAGGUCAAAGUCCACACAAGUUUACAAUUUCUGGUGAUGAACGAGAUAAAGGCUGGUGGUGGGAGAAUAUGAUCGCAGCACUUUCUCUGGGACACUCCCCCGUCAGCUGGCUUAUCCGCAAAACCCUGAGUGAGUCAGAAAGCUUUGAAGCAGCUGUUUACACUCUGGCCAAGACUCCCCUCAUUGCUGAUGUUUAUUAUAUCGUUGGGGGCACAUCGCCCAAGGAGGGAGUAGUCAUCACCAGGGACAGAGGUGGCCCGGCGGACAUUUGGCCUCUUGACCCUCUGAAUGGAGAGUGGUUCCGAGUUGAGACAAAUUAUGACCAUUGGAAACCUGUACCCAAGAGGGAUGACCGGAGGACACCAGCCAUCAAAGCCUUAAAUGCCACGGGUCAAGCUCACCUCAGCCUGGAGACCCUCUUCCAGGUUUUAUCCGUGUUUCCUGUUUAUAACAACUACACAAUAUAUACUACAGUGAUGAGCGCUGCAGAGCCCGACAAGUACAUGACCAUGAUCAGAAACCUGAGCUGAAAGUAAGCAGGUGAUUUAUUGUCAAAAGCUGCAUUUAGAAGUCUACAACUGGAAGUACUGUACCGUUUCCUAGGCAACUGGGCUCCCUUCUCACGGAGCUUUUCCUCACAGAAUUUUUCUGCCUGUGGAGGCGAUCUCUCGGGCACACAUCUGGAGGAAGAGGAGAGCAGCCCACUGUUUUGAUCCUCUUAACUUCCUGGUCCCCUUGGGGUUCAUUAACAGCCCACCCUGGCUUGAACAACUCACAUAACGGGUCUCAGGCUGCACCCAACCAGUCACAAGUGUCCUGUGAUUCUGUGUUCACACUCCUGUUUUUCCACUGAAGAAGGGACCAGACAAGAUGGCCGUCAUGCGGAGGGAGGGCUUGUGAACAAGCCCAAGUUAAGAAAAUUUCUCCUAAGGCUGGGGUGAGGUUUAAGUGACAGAGUUUGCACCACUAAGUAAAUAAAUAAAUAGAUAAAUAAAUGAACAAAAGUUUUCUCUGAAGAGCAGAAACCUCUAAUUUGAGUAGAAUUUGCUUGAAGAUACUACGACUUUUGAUUUUGUGUUUCUGUUUAGUAGGCACUCACUUUUUGUAAACUUCUAAUGUAUUUUUUUUAAUGUGGGCCUUAUUAAAAAUGAAGCUACUUUCUUACUGCUUUUGAAAAGUAUAUGACACCAAAUAAUUUCCUGUCAUUCUUUAUCGUUUGUUAAUAAAAUGUCAAAAAAUGCUAGCUUCA